CAUACAGUGACGUCACCCAAACAGGCGGGAGAUGCGACUUACAACAAGGAAAUAAGUCGCUUUUUCUUUGUUAACACUGGGCGUACUUUUUGAAACCCGAAAAAACUUCAAGCAUUUGAUUUUACAGUCAUGGAUCCAUCUUUCGUGGCGCCAGCAAACGACUGGAAAAACACUAAAAAGGCGCUUGCCGACUUUCGACCUCUGCUACUUUGUUCGAAAUGCUCGCAGUUACUGAGGGAUCCUGUUUGUCUCGGGACAUGUGAGCAUAUGCUGUGCAGGACGUGUGCAGGCCCACGGGCAGGUGAUGGCUGUGUGGUUUGUCACAGCCCUUCCUGGGUGAAAGACAUCAAAAUCAACAGGCAGCUCAGCAGUGUCAUACCACUCUUCCGUGACUUGGAGUCCAUGUUGUACCCCGAAGGACAGCCAGAUUCCUCUGAGGUAAUGCAGCCACAAAAUGAGGGCACUAUCUUUCAACGCAAGAAGAACUUCAAGAUCUGGCUCAGCCCCCGUAGCCGUAAAAUGCGUUGCACGGUGCGAGAAAAUCCAAAAGUCUUCAUACCUGAAAGCAAGUCUUUUGAAAAAGUGGCUGAAGCGCAGCCUGGCCCUUCAACGGCCGAAGUCAAUGACAUGACAGUUUUCAACUUCACCUCAUCCUCUCAAGACUCUGGCUCCGACACUAAAAAACAGAAGAGGAAAAACGAGAAAAACAUCGGCGGCAGAAGGAAAACCAAGCGCCGAGCCUUGAGAAAUCAAAGUCGACAGACGGUGAAGAAGAAGCUUGACGCGAUAAACAAGCAAUGGAGGAUUAUUGACGAUCAAAAUACCGUCGCGGAAUCAGAGCAGCUUGGUGUAGAUGUUGAAAAGACGUUGAACAAAAAGGUUUCCUUCCUUGGCCCCGAUGGAGUAUCUUUCAUGAAUGGCGUUGGACUUGUGUCCAGCACCUUGAGAGACGGAUUCGCAGAAGGUGCUGUCACAGAACCCGAGAGCCCAACCCAGCUUUGUCAGAAUGAAUCCGACAGUAUCUGCGACACACCGCGCGCCUCUGACUAUACCCCCCAAAAGAUGCCCCAAAAACAGGCCGACCUUUUUUCCCCGGAGCGUUCGUCAAAACGCCAAAGACUGGAGGGAGAGGUUGCCGCCCUGGAGACCACACCAAAAAGGUCAACGACCUCUACGGGCUGCUGCCGAAAGUCAUUGAGUCACUCGUCUCCUGCUGCUAUUCAUUCUCCGUGUAAAAAGACACCCCGAAAACACGGAGGAGAGAGUCCCUCGGUUCCAUGUACAACGAGUCGGAAAUCCCCCUCUUCUCGUGCUUCGAUGGGAAACUCCAGCCCAGGCACCCCGACAGUCACGAAGAAGAACCACAAAGGAGAAACCCCGCUGCAUUUAGCCGCUAUCAAGGGGGACGUAGAGGGCGUCAAGGGACUGCUGGACCAGGGAGCCGAUCCCAACCUCAAGGAUAACGCAGGAUGGACACCUCUGCACGAGGCGUGUAACCUGGGCCAUCUGGUCGUCGCGGAGGCGCUCUUAUCGAGAGGGGCCCUGUUGAACACGCCCGGCUACGAAAAUGACUCUCCGCUUCAUGAUGCUGUGCGCAACGGGCACUUAGCGGUUGUCAAAUUGCUGCUGCGUUUUGGCGCCUCGCAGAGCGUGCUUAAUCUUCACGGCAAGCGGCCUGCAGACUACGCCGAAAGUCGGGAGAUGCUGGAGGUGUUCCGGGAAGUGUCUGAGGGAGCCCAAUAUGCCAGCGCAUCUUUGAACAGCCCGGCCAGUCUCCCUGUUGUGGACAAUUGCGCAAAGCCAGAAGAAACGCUUUUGUUUCUGUCAAGCAAGCUGUCGCAAACAGAGCGGCAUCAGUUCGCCAAGCUCAGUCGCCUUUUGGAUGGAAGGAUCGCGGACGCCUUUACUUCUUCAGUGAGCCACGUUGUGGUGCCAGAAGGACCGAUGCCGAGAACUUACUCCGCUCUACUGGGACUUCUUGCAGGCUGCUGGAUUGUCAAAUACAGUUGGGUGGAGGCAUGUCUGCAGGCGGGCAAGCGGAUGCCAGAAAGCGAGCACGCAGCGGGCGAAGGCCCCCAACGGAGUCGCGUCAACCGCCUCAGCUUGCUGCCGCCGCUGUUCGACGGCUGCUUCUUCUUCCUCUUGGGCUCUUUUAAGUCGCACAGAAAAGAUGAGCUGGCCAAGCUGCUCCGCGACGGAGGAGGUCAGCUGCUGAGUCGGCGACCCAAACCCGACAGUGAUGUCACUCAAACCCUCAGUGCUGCCGCCUACCACGCUUUGCCGGGAUCAGACCAGGCCCUCUGCACCCAGUACAUCAUCUUUGACCGCCAGGGUCCUCACAGGCCCGCGGUGGUUCGGAAGGGCAAAGUGUGGUCUGCCCCUUCCACUUGGAUCAUCGACUGUAUCACAUCUUUCCGACUUCUCCCUGUACCAAACCUUUAAUCGGCGUCAGGAGUUUUGACGCCGGCUUUUGCCUCUCCUGGUGGUCGUUUCUUUCCUGCCUUUUGAAACGAAAUGAUCCACUGUUAAUCAUGGAGUUCUAAAAGGAAAAGUAAAUGAUGUUUAAUUUUAUGGAAUCAAAACAUAAUUGUGCCCUUGAAAGUGUGGGAACCAACACACUGUAUAAGUGGACGUGAGAUGUAAAUAUUCCCUCCGCUCAUUUUCACUAUAUCACACUAAACGGGCAGGUGUGAGUAGAUGGAAAAAAAAAAUGUGCUUGCCCUGUUUCAAUUAUGACAAAUAUUACCGGCAGUCUGACUUUGCAAACCUCUAUUGAUCACAAAUAAGGAUUAUGCUUGUGAAUAUUGAACAGGCUCGACACGAAUGACUUGAUUUUCCAAGAUGCCCUCACCCAACAGAAUUUUGACUACCAGAAGCCACGUCUGCAUUUAUGGCGUGGCUUUUUUUUCUGAAUGCGUUUAUUAUUUUUUUGACAGAGGUGCAGGACAGUAUGGGGCAGAGAUCAAUUUCAAAACAAACCAACAGCACCAUACAGAAUGGAGGUCGUGGAGAGGUCAAUUGUGGGGAGUUUACAGUUUGGGAGUUGUUUUUGCUGAAGGUGGAUUUUGUUCAUGGAAAUUGUGGAUGUCAAAGGUCAGGGCUAUAGCGACAUAUUUUCUGUUGUAGAAGGUUGUGGCUAUCAAGAAUUCUCGUAGCCCGAAGAUUCUAAACGGAUGUUGACCUCAAGUGUAUUUUAGUUUUGUCAUCACAAAAUAUGCAACGCACUCCUUGUGUGUCGUGUCUUGCAAACUGAACAGGACCAAGUAGCUUUGAGCAACUCCUGAUAUAACCGGGAAAAGAUAAUGAAAAAUCUUUUUCAAAAUGCAAGUGCAAAGUCUCUGAGUGUGCUUUGUUACCCUAAAUUGGAUGUUAUAAAAAUGCAGAUGAACUGCUGCGGCAACGCAUGAGGAGAAUAAACAAUCGUUUUGUUAGAAGGCUGUGUAUUGUGAAUACAAUAAGGAUGUGUAAAUUGUAUUCAAGAGCUACCGGGCAGCUAUUACAAUGCACCUAACUGCUAUUGAUUCCUUUGUGCUUGCUAAAAUUCCAGUCCUCGUCCAUGCCAAGCUGCAGGAGGCUGUUAAAACGAUAAGAGGCAAGGAAGCGCUUCUAAUGAAGCCACACUUUAUGUCCCGGAACUCACAAAAGCGUGCAUAUUUGCUCACAUCACUCUUCUCCCGCCUCCCAUCGACAGACACUUGAUUAUUUUUUUAACGUGAAAAGGUGAGGUGAUACUUUGCAAGGCUGAGUUUAAAUGGAAAAUUAGUACACAGAAUAACGCUGCGCUUUGUGUGAAUGCCGAGGGACAAGUAUACACUGCUGGUCGCCUGGAAAAUACUUGUAAUUUGUCAUAAAUUUCCCUCCUAUUAAUGUCCCAUUUACAGCAUUACCGUCGCUUAACAGUCUACAGCAAAUGAAAUGUUGCGGAGCGCAUUCUGCAGAGGUCCAAGAAACGGAGUAAAGUCCUACACUCGGCUGAACUCUCAACACACACGCAAAGAUGUACACUUAUUAUUUUUACACCUGUUAUUUAUCUUCAAAUUUGUUCAUAAA